UAAAGGCGGUUUGAGUAUACGAAAUGACCAAUAGACAUAUUUUAUUGUGGUAGAGUUUUGUGUUCAAUGAGGAUAUAAUUGGCGUUUCACCUCAAAUAAAGGUAUAAUUUUUCAUUUUUUUCUCUACUUUUAACUUUUUUUUGAUGAAAUAAUCACUAUUUAAAUAAGAACUCAUAAAGACAGAAAGAGUACCUUAUUAAAUACGAGUAUGAUCCCUUAAUUAUAAGAAGAGGGAAGGUGCGAGUGGGGGAGGGAGGCGCCUAAACGAAAAAGGGAAAAAUAAAUUAGUGUAUUUGAAGGUGACACUUUUCUUUUCAUUUUAUUUUCCUUCCUUUUUUCUUUCCACCAUUCGGCCAUUCCCCACCCAAUUCCAUAUUUUUAAUUUCAUUUCUCUCUAAUUUGACUUGACUCACUCACAAUUCACAUCACCCACCCUUCUCUCUCCUAAAAGUUCCCUCUCUACGCGUUCCUCCCUUUCUCUCAUCUUUCCCCCCUUUCCCAAACCCUAAAUUCCCCUCUCUCCUCUUUAAAAAAAAAAAAUCCCAAAAUUAUUAGUGUUCGAGCUAUCUCCAUAAAAUCCCAAUCCGAGUCCAUCACUUAUGGACUCGGACUCCAACAAACCCGAUGACUCAAACUGGUCAUCAUUACCCUCCUCAGACUCGAACUUUUUCUUCAACAGAGACGACAACGACUUGCAUAACACCCACAUAAUACCCGACUUCACCUGGUCGUAUAACUCAUCCGACUUAUCAGCUGACGUCGAAGGUUACCAACCGUCCGAUCCUCCGACAACAACAGCAGCAGCAGCAGCAACAGCAAGUGGUAGUAGUAGUCAUGAGUCUCAUCUAUUACUAGGUGAUCAAAACUCCGACAUCAUGCCACCGAAUCCGUCGGCAUCCUCGAGCUCAUCCGAAGAUCUCGCCGAUAAAAACAUCGGUAAAGCGCCGGCAUCAGCAGCAGCAGUAGCUGACACUUCGACGAAGGUGAAGAAAAAGGGGCAAAAGAGGAUAAGACAACCGCGAUUUGCAUUCAUGACCAAGAGUGAAGUUGAUCAUCUUGAAGACGGCUAUAGAUGGAGAAAAUAUGGCCAGAAGGCUGUUAAAAACAGUCCAUUUCCCAGGAGCUAUUAUCGGUGCACAAACAGCAAAUGCACCGUUAAGAAAAGGGUGGAACGCUCCUCGGAAGAUCCUAGCAUAGUGAUCACAACUUAUGAAGGACAACAUUGUCAUCAUACAAUUGGAUUUCCAAGAAGUAGUGGAUUUCUUAGCCAUGAAGGUGCCUUUCUUGGGCACUUUGCACCUCCUAUGUCGCCUCAUCAUCAAUCGCGGUUCCUCUAUCAAGGAAUGCAAUUUUCACAUGACAAUUCAGUUACUAGAAGCAUUGCACAAGCUUCAAUUAGUAGUGCUACAGUGCAGCAGGCUCACCAUCAACAACCAGCUCCCAGCGACACCACGGAUUCACCUUCAUCGGUUUCUCAACAAAUGCCGCCUCUUAGUAGUGGUGAGGGAUUGCUAGGGGAUAUUGUGCCUCCUGGAAUGCGAAAUCCUUGAGUUGGAGACUAACAAUGCAACAUAUAUAUGCAGGUUGUUUGUAAUUGCAUGGAUCACACGAUGAUGAGGAUGCAGUACAAGUACACUUAAUUAGCUUGGAGGUUCAAUAUUAAUUAACAGUACGUGGUAAUUAUUUAUUAGCCCUGUUGAUGAUCGUAACACAGCAACAGCACAAUGAAGUGGAUCUUCCAUUUUCAUGAAGCAAUCAACAUUAUUAUCAUAUUUUAUAAUUAGAGUGAGAUUAUUAUUAUUAUAAUUGUUAUAAUCAUAUGGUCUCACCUCACGACAUAGCAUAGCAUGUCGGCUGUUAAUUUAAAUAUCCCUAGCACUUCUAGCAGGUAUAUAUUUUAUAAAGUGCAGAUCUCUUAACAUUAUUUUUUAUUUAUCCUCUUUAUUCUGUUAUAUAUUGCCUUCUAUAUUUUCAUAAGAAGGUCAUAUUUGCAUGUAAAUUAUACGAGUACAUGAGUAUAUUAUACGAUCUUCUUUUCAUCA